AUGAAGGUCCAACAUUUUCAACAGCUUCUUGACGCUCAAGAAACCAUGUUGAAGGCUAUCCUUGGGGAAACUGACGGCAUCACCGAGGAGGCUCUUAACAGGAUCUUGAAGGGUCACUCCAAGAGAUUCAAUGAACUGUUGGACGAAGCACUUUCUCGUCUCCAUCCAAAUAUUGUUGAUACCGAUGACCAGUCAGUCAUGAGAGCAUCAAGCUCUACCACCAGACACCCAUCCAACACUCUCGCUACAGCUAGACGUCCAUCCAACAUUCCCAAUACCAUGGCGCUCAAGAGCAUGACAACAGGCAACAUAGUUGCUCAAGUUUCUACUAUUCCUCGCACCGCUACCCCUUUCAAUACUCCAAAGAAGCGCCCCCCCAUUAGUAUCGCUAUUCCAAAGAAGAGGCCCCGAGAAAGCAGCUCGCGCCCUUGCGACCCUCUUGGGAACGUCUUCAAUCCUAAGCCUGCCCAAAAGAAACAGGCCCCAACUCCUAAAAAUCCCCAACCUGCUAUUGGUGCUGCAAGAAAGGCCAACGAAAUCAUGCAAUCAGCAAGUGACGAUCGACAAAGCUCCCGUGUCCUCUUUCCUAAUGUCACUCCAUUGAAGAGUCAGUCAGCCGAUAAGGAAAUUGAGGAAAGCAAGCUUGUGAAGAGAUCUGCUUCUCCAGAGCAUAGUCCCAUGGAGCGGGGUGGAGUGGCCAUUACUGACACCGAUAUCUUGUUUAAGGAAGCGGAGAAUGAGCUAGCGAGAAAACCCAAGAGACGAUUCUGGUAA